UCGGUUUCUUCGGGUUUAACCGGGUCGGAUUAUUGUUUUAGCGGAGAAAGGACAGUUGCAGCGGCGGACAGGAGGGGGCGUGGCGUCCGGGUUUAGAAAUUCUAUCCAUUGUUCCACUCCAACGCGCGAAGAGAACACCUCUGUGGAGCCGGGAGCCAAUCAGCGGCCGCCGACCUCCUCUUAACUCCGCCCAGCAGCCUAUAUUAAAGGCUCGGCCGUGAGCAGCAUUGGCCACUGGCACAACAUAAUACUGAUUGAUCCGCAAAGCGAGGAGAGGGAUUUACUUUAUUCAACCUUUCAUUUCAGCCGUCCUUUAUUUUAUUGAACUAAAACAAUGGCAGACACACAAGUUGACUCCGGCUCGGAUAUCUCUGCCAAGGACCUGAAAGAGAAGAAGCUGGUGGAGGAGAAGGAGAACGGCAAAGAUGCUGCCACCAACGGAAAGGAGAACGAGGAGAACGGCGAGCCCGACGUAGACGACGAGGAGGACGAGGAAGUGGAUGAGGAGGACGAGGAAGACGAUGGAGAAGGCGACGAAGAAGACGAGGAGGAAGAUGACGACGAAAUCGAGGGCGGCACAAAACGGGCAGCAGAGGACGACGAGGAUGACGACGAGGACGACGUCGAAACCAAGAAGCAGAAAACCGACGACGAUGAUUGAUGCGUUUUCCCCCCGCGCCAUCCUGCUGAACCACUUCCUGAUUCUUCACCUCUGGCUGUUUUUAAAAGUCACAGGUGGGGGGGCUGGAGGACUGAUUUAAAGGAAAAAAUAAUAAUAAAAAAAAAAAUCCAACAUGGUCAUUAGCAAGUAGAGUUCAACAAACAUCCACCACGUCCACUCACUCGAUCUCCCCUCGAAACUGCAAAACAAAUUUUUCUAGAGGAACCCGCCGCCACAUCGACGCAGAAAUCAGGCUUCUCUUCAGCAACAACAACAACAACAACAACACAAAAGGAGAAUUUGUUUGUAUUUUUAUUUACAUUUUAUAUUUUUGUACAUAUUGUUAGGAGGGGGGUCAGUUUCUCUCUCGGCAGCGAUCUCGUCAGACCAAAUCGGUGCUUCUUUAACGAAAGAUUUUACUUGGUUGACCAUGUUACGAUAUCUCAACAGAUACUAGAAAAAACAUGUUUAAAAAAAGCUAAAAAAACAAACAUGAAAGACAACCUCUUAAGCCGUUGAACUCAGAGCAUUCCAGUAAAUUUAAUGUAUGUACUUUAGCUGUACCAUAACUAGUUUGUUUGUAUGGGAGGGUAAGGCCAAAGAAAAGAGCCUCUUUUCUUUUUCCUUUUAUUUUGUUUUUGUCAGCGACUUUUUGUUUUAUGACGGCCUGUUUUGAUGUAUGUGCGAAGUUUGUUGUUUGACAAUAAACCGGACUUUUAUUUUGUGAGUUGUA